AAGACUCUUAAACCUUGUCCCUCCAUACAAACAUUUCACUAACAUUAAGCCCCCCAAUCUGAAAUGGCAACCUUUCCAUUCACUUCCUUAUUCCCACUCACACUCUCAUCUCCAUCUUCAUCUUCAUCUUCAUCUUCAUCUUUCAAGCUCUCGACUUUGCAUGCUUUCAGAGCCUCAACUUCCGAGUAUGUUUCCUUCCGGCACACACCCAGAAGGGAAUUCUUGAAGGGUCUUGCUUUGAUGCCUCUUCCUCUUGUUGUGCUGAGAGAGCCACCCCCUUCACAUGCUAGAGAAGUUGAGGUUGGAUCCUUCCUCCCACCCUCACCCUCUGACCCUUCUUUCGUUCUCUUCACCGCCUCUCCCAAGGACACUCCCGCCCUUCGAGCAGGAAAUGUGCAGCCAUACAAGUUUCUCCUCCCCCCAACUUGGAAACAGGCUCGUGUAGCAAACAUAUUAUCUGGAAAUUACUGUCAGCCAAAGUGUGCAGAGCCUUGGGUGGAGGUUAAGUUUGAAGAUGAAAAGCAGGGAAAGGUUCAGGUAGUGGCUUCGCCUUUGAUACGCCUUACCAACAAACCGAAUGCAACAAUUGAAGACAUUGGUAGCCCAGAAAAGCUGAUUGCUUCUCUUGGCCCUUUUGUCACUGGAAACACACUUGAUCCAGAAGAGCUCAUUGAGACUUCAGUAGAAAAGCUUGGUGAUCAGACGUACUACAAAUAUGUGCUUGAAACUCCAUAUGCUCUAACUGGCACACACAAUCUUGCGAAAGCAACAGCAAAGGGAAACACUGUUGUGCUGUUUGUGGUCAGUGCCAAUGACAAGCAGUGGCAAACUUCUGAAGAGACCGUGCUUAAUAUUCCUUCCAAGUUUAGUUUUCUGUCAGAGGUAAAUAAAGAAGUUUAUUUCUUUCUAGUUUUGUUUAUACAAAAAGACUCAGCAAUGCAUUGUUCACCGUUUCAAAUUUUGUGUUUGGAGGUUGAAUCAUGUUUAAAUGCUUUAACUUCAUAGCAGUAUGACCUUUUUCUUCUUUGUAUAUACCUCAUUGAAUAAACGACAUAUGUUUGGAUUGUCUUAAU